CGCACAACAGCUGAGUGAAAAGGCGAGCGCACCAUGCGGCUCACCCAAAGCGCACUGGAGGCGACGAGAGAAAGUAGUGCCGCUCUGACUGUUGGAGCGAGAGCACAGAAAGAGAAAGAGAAAGAGAGAGAGAGAGCGAGAGAGGAUCAUCGGGUUGGAUCGUGAACGGAAUAUCGGGGCUGAGAGAAGGACGCACGGGGAACACGAUGGCACGUGGAGCGUUAUAAAAUAGCUCCUGACUGGUGCGAGCAGAGCAACUACCCGCUCCUUCGAUGUGGGAUCCUGCCCCGCUGUUCUCGCCAGGCUGAAAUCCUCCAGGGUCAGGACCUCCGUCAUGGCAGCGCUGCUCCUCGGGCUGCUGCUGUUCGCCCUACAGUCCCCCCCUCUCCCAUCCAGACCCGCAAUUGACCACUGGCCCCCCAACGACCCCACAGUCGACCCCUCCUUCAGCUUGGACAAUGCAACCCACCCCAACGGGACUUCCCAGCGGCUACCCCAGAUCAUCAUCAUCGGCGUGAGGAAGGGGGGCACGCGGGCGCUAAUCGAGAUGCUAAGCUUGCACAGCUCCGUGGCCGCGGCGCAGAACGAGGUGCACUUUUUCGACUGGGAGAGCCACUAUCAGAAGGGGAUCCCGUGGUAUUUAAGCCAGAUGCCCUACGCGUACCCGGACCAGCUCACCGUGGAGAAAACGCCGGCGUAUUUCACCUCCGGCAAAGUCCCUAAACGCAUCUACGACAUGAAUCCUGACAUCAAGCUACUGCUCAUUCUUAGGGACCCCACUGAGCGCGUACUGUCGGAUUACACGCAAGUUUUCUAUAAUCGUCUGCAAAAACACAAGCGCUACCAGCCAAUUGAGUACGUUCUGGUUAAAGAUGGGGACAUUAACCUGGGAUACAAGGCAUUGAACCGCAGUCUCUACUAUGUUCAUAUGCAAAACUGGCUGCAAUAUUUCCCCAUGGACAGCAUUCAUGUUGUGGAUGGGGACGAGCUGAUAAGAGACCCUUUGCCAGAAAUGAAGAGAGUGGAGAGGUUUCUAAAGCUGGCGCCGCAGAUAAACGCAUCCAAUUUUUACUUCAACAAAACUAAAGGAUUUUACUGUUUGAGAGACCACGGGAAAGAGCGCUGCUUACAUGAUUCGAAAGGCAGAGCGCAUCCUCACGUAGCCCCAGCAAUUUUGCAAAAACUCUACAAAUUCUUUCACGAACCCAAUCAGAAGUUUUUUCAGAUGGUGGGGCGGACUUUCAACUGGAAAUGAACUCUUUUUUUGUACUUUAUGCUGUAGUGAAGCUAAAUAUAUUUUUGUACUAGUAUGUUUGUUACACAGGAUAUCAGGGCGCACAAUGGAUCAUGACAUGUUUUUGCAUGUCAGGCUAUAAAUUCAUAGACACUUCUCUGACGACUUCAUUGACCCAGACAGCUUAUGUAAGCUAUAAGGCUAGGAGGCUAAACGUGAUCAAAUCAGAAUCACAAUUUGAAUUUGGGCCAGGCGAUAUGACAACGUUCAUAUUGAUUUUAUUUAUUUUGUCUAAUUUAAAACAAAGUAACGAUGCAUAAACAAUAAAUACUUUUAAUUGUGGUCAAAUUUUUUCCUUCAAAGCCUGAACUCUGCUCCAAAGCUGACAGAGGACUGACUGUAGACCACUUGAACCAAGCUUAUCAUUGACAAUUAUAAAUAACUUCAUCUUGAUUAAAAUUUGAUCAGUUGCACAGCCCUAAUUUCAAUGGUCUCAAUUCUUUGUAAACAAUCGUAUAGUCUGUCUAAUUAUGCAUAAAACUUGCUAAUCCUGUAGUUUAGACCUCUAAAACAUGUUCUGAAAUGCAUGGGAUUCUUCUGUUACACUUCAUAUUUCAGUCUGCUAUCAAAUAUAGGACUGAUUUUAAAACAAUAAUUGCAAAUCUACUAAAAAAAAAUGCAAUUUGAUAUUUUCCCACAAAUUUUAGCCCUAUAUGCUUUGCUGAGCUGUCUCCACAUUUGUUUAGCAGGACAUAAACAUCUUACUGCAUUUUCUAUUCUGAAGGAUACUCACCUGCUGCUAUGAUUUCUCCAGUCACUUUCAGGUACAAGUCUGUGCUUUUAACAGUGUUAUACAAAGCUCCACUUGUGCACAUAUAUGGCAUAAUGGCAUUAUCAUGUUGUACUGUAACUGUAUUUUUCCCCUUUUAUAUAAAAAGUGAAUUAACAACUUAAUAAAGAUGUAUUUUAUUUUUAGUAUGCAUUAAGUUUGUUUUUAGUCUAUUUUUACUGGACAAGUAUAAGUGUUGUGAGAUUAGAAGUGAGAAAAGUGCUAUUUCCUAAAACAAAACUAAGUAAUGAAUUACAUUUUUUGCUGCCCAUUCUUUGCCCAGAAACUAUUGCAAUAUGUUGGCAAAGUAAUGUUUUGAUUAAACUUGUUCU